CCUCCACCACAGAAGAAGUAGCGGAGUCUGGUUGUACUUAGCGCGGGUGGGCUGUUACUGCUGAUGUGUCGUCGUGUUGUUCAAACAUUAUAACAUUACUCUGCAGUAUGGCUUCGUUUGUUACCGAGGUUCUCGCCAGCUCCGGGAAGCUGGAGAAAGAGGACCUGGCCAGCAAAAUAACCAGGAUGUCCAGGAAGGUGGAAGAUACCAAGGAGGAAGUGUGCGACAUGAUAAACAAAAAGUACAGUGAAUUUCUCCCAAACCUUCAAGCAUCAGAGGACCUGAUGCAGCAGGUUGAUAUGGUCUCGAAAGAAAUGGAAACUCUUAAAAACUGCAUUGAAUUUGAGGUGCAGCAGAACAUCCAUGUGGCAGUGAAUGAAUACAGUAAGCUGAAGCAACAGCUGGAAAAGAACGCUAUGAUCAUAAAAAUGCUUGAACAUUUAAAAGAGUUUCACAGUGCGAUGGAAGACUUCAACAAAUCACUACAGGAGAAAAAGUAUGUUGAUUCUGCCACCCAUCUGGAAAAAGCAUGGAAAAACAUGGAUUUCCUGAAGGAUUGGAAAACAUCCCAAGUGCCUCUGCUUAGUUCCCUGAGCUCUGAGCUGACAGUGCAGAGAGAGAAUUUAAUUCACCACCUGGGAGAUGAGUGGAAGCGCCUCGUCGUCUGGAGAGUACCGUCCACAAAGAAAUCUGCCGGUCCAAAUACCUACCAUAAGGUAGAACUGGUGCUGAGUGAAACCUACAGUAAAGAUCUUGAGCAGAAGCCAACCCCUCUGCUGUGCUCCGUCCUGCAAGCUCUAUCGAUCCAGGGAGACCUUCAGAACAAGAUCAAACACUUCAGUCAGGUUCUGUUGAAGAACAUACUGAAGCCUCUGGUUAUGUACGCAUCCCUUGAGCUUAUUGUAUCCGAGCAACAUGGUGAGGGAACCACUCUGGGCCUGGAGUGUUUAGAGGAGGAGAACAAGGAGCGAUCCACUCCUUCUCAAGUCUACAAGAAACUACUUCUCUUGUUAAAGACCCUUCACAUGCACCUGCUGGAUGUUUCCAUUGGAGAUAAAAAGCUCUCUGCUAUCUUUGGAGAGUUGAUUUGGGAGGAAAUGUCAAAGUGCAUCAUCCAUGACUGUCUUGUGUACUCCAUACCCACCAACAGCAGCGAGCUUGAAAGAUACAACAUUGUGAUUAAAGAGACGGAAGCAUUCGAGGAGGCUCUUAAGAAUAUGGCGUAUCUGCAGGUCGAUUCCACAGAUCUCCUCAAAUACGCCAGAGACGUCAACUGCCACUUUGCCAGCAAGAAGUGCAGGGACGUCAUCGUAACAGCGCGCAAGCUAAUGACCUCCAAGAUGCACAACACGGUUAAAAUCAGCCCUGAGUCGAAACUGCAGCUGCCCAAACUGCCUCCUCCCGGUUCAGAGGUGAAAGUGAAGCAGGAGGUGGUGAAGGAAGAGGUGUCGAUGGAGAACUCCAAGCAGUUGUCUGCUUGCAGUCUGCGUCUUCCAGCCUGUCGCAUCAGCGAGUCUGUGCAACAGCUGAUGGAGCUGGCUGUCAACACACUGCGUGAAGCUGUAGGAAGCUCCACUCAGUGUGCCUUGCAGCUCUUCUUCACUGUGAGAAACAUUUUUCAGCUUUUCUAUGAUGUUGUUCCGACGUACCACAAGGAGAACCUACUCAAGUUUCCCCACCUUGCUGCUGUCCAGCACAACAACUGCAUGUACUUGUCGCACCACCUGCUAACACUGGGGCACCAUUUUCGAGCCCACCUGCCGCAGCCCCUCAGUGAGGGCGUCGCAACUUUUGUUGACAUGGUGCCUGGAUUCAGAAAACUGGGUGCUCAGUGCUUUUUGGUCCAGCUGAACGUCCAGAGAGCUGAACUCCUUGAGAGACUGUCCACGGCUCACAACUUCUGCAACCUGGAUGAUGAGGACAACUACACUGCAGCCAGCAAAGCAGUAAGACAGGUGAUUCAUCAGCUGAAGCAGCUGGGAACCGUGUGGCAGGACGUGCUUCCUGUCAGCAUCUAUUGUAAAGCCAUGGGCAACCUGCUCAACACGGCCAUCACAGAAAUUAUUACUAAAAUCAUGAUGCUUGAGUUUGUAUUAUUCUGUAUGGAACCUCAUGAAGCAGUUGCUGGUGGAUGUGAAACAAAGGACAUUUCCUCUGAGGACGGAGAGCACCUCCAUACCCUGUGCCAGACCAUCAUUGAGGAAGGCCCACUGGUUUUCAUUCCCCUGGCUGAAGAAAACAAAAAUAAGAAGUAUCAGGAGGAGGUGCCGCUCUACGUGAAGAAGUGGAGUGCUUUCAAGGAGCUUGUCAUAGUGCUACGAGCCAACCUGCAAGAGAUCGUUGACAGAUGGACUGAUGGUAAGGGUCCCCUGGCUGUAGAGUUCUCCAGUUCGGAGGUGAAGAGUCUGGUCCGAGCUCUCUUUCAGAACACUGAGAGGAGAGCUGUUGCUUUAACCAAGAUUAAAUAGACUAUUGGGAAAAACAACAAAAGCACCAAGCUGAUUGUGUUGCACCUUUUUUCUGUGUGGAAAAUCUGACCUUACUUUUACUCAUUGUUUUAUGUAAAACCUUCACCUGCAUGAGAGACUAACAGAUUGCUUAAGAAAGGAGAUGGUGCUGCGGAGUGUUAUUCAUGCACAAAACUUCUGUACAUUUCACUGCCUCAGUUGUGAAGCUUUGGUUUUUGUUUAGAAGUUUUCAUAUGUUCACAUGAUGAAAUUUCCAGUUAAUUAAAUCUCAGCUUAGUUUUCUUUUCAAGUUCUGUUCUUUUCUGUACAUAUGUCAUUUUACAAAACUGUUUAAAUUUAACAUCCAGGAAGUGGUAAAUUUCUUGCAAAUGACAUGAAACUGAACUUUUCUGUAAUGUAUUUAUUAUUCCUUUAAAUAAACCAAAAUACUUUGCUUCUCUUCAA